UUGUUCACCCCAGCCAUAGCUAAAGCAAAUUAAAAAAAAAAAAAUUAAAAAAAAUCCUCUCAGCUUUUGUUCAGUUUUUGAGUAAAGAUUAAUGCAGUCUUUUUGACUAUUUUGUUGAAUUAUUCUUUCGCAGAGUGAAAGAUUUUCGGAUUUUUCAUAUUUUCAAGUUGAGAGAUAGUCAAACAAAGUUCUCAAAGUUAAGUUUCAGCUUUGGUGGUUGACCAUGGGUAGCAGCGAUGAAGGAAAGUCAUCUAAAUCUGACAAAUCAUCUUCACCGGCACCACCGGACCAGACCAAUAUUCAUGUCUAUCCCGAUUGGGCAGCCAUGCAGGCAUAUUACGGUCCUCGUGUUCCUAUGCCACCAUAUUAUAACUCAGCUGUGGCAUCUGGCCAUGCUCCUCCCCCCUAUAUGUGGGGGCCAACACAGGCUAUCAUGCCACCUUAUGGGACACCUUAUGCAACAAUAUACCCACAUGGGGGAGUUUAUGUGCAUCCUACGGUUCCUAUGGGAUCACAUGGUCAUGGUGUUCCAUCAUCACCUAAAGCAGCACCAGAAACACCUACAAAGUUCUCUGGGAAUACAAACGGAGGCUUAAUGAAGAAGCUGAAAGGAUUUGAUGGCCUUGCAAUGUCAAUAGGCAAUAGUACUGCUGAGAAUGCUGAAAGUGGGGCUGAACCCAGACCAUCUCAGAGUGCGGAGACUGAAGGUUCCACUGAUGAUAGUGAUGGGAAUACAACUGGGGCAGAUCAAACAAGAUGGAAAAGAAGCAGGGAGGGAACCCCAGCCAUUGCAGGUGUAGAAGGGAAUAAUGAGGCAAGGUCUAAACCAGUCGCUGCACGAGAGGCUACUGCAACCAUUUCUCCUAAACCAGUUGGAUCCGUACUUCCUUCUGGCAUGACCACAUCUUUGGAGCUUAGUAACCCUCCUGCCAAGUCCAGCCCUACAAAUGUACCUCGUGUAAUGACAUCUGAAAUCUGGUUGCAGAAUGAACGGGAGCUGAAACGGGAGAGGAGGAAACAGUCUAACAGAGAAUCUGCUCGAAGAUCAAGGUUGAGGAAGCAGGCCGAGACCGAAGAGCUUGCCCGAAAAGUUGAAUCCUUGACCGCAGAAAACACAACACUUAGAUCCGAAAUAAAUCAACUAACCGAAAAAUCCGAGAAACUAAGGCUAGAAAAUGCUACAUUAGUGGAGGGAUUGAAAAACGGUGAACUAGGAUAUGCAAAGGAUAUAAUUAUGAACAAGAAAGCAGACAAAGAGGGUGAAAUGUACGAGAAAAAGUCGAACUCCGGUGCCAAACUGCAUCAACUCUUUGAUCCGAGUCCGAGAGCUGAUGCUGUGGCUGCUUCAUGAACAAGGAGAAGAGGUAUUACCCAUUGCCUUAGUCACUUUAGACAUUAAAUUUGACAGACCUCGUAGCUUUGGCAUGUAAUUAUUACUACUAACAAUUAGCAGAGGGACUUGAUAGUGUUUGUUAGGAUUGAAACUCUGUUUUUUUUUUUUUUGAGUUUUCUUAUGGCUGAACUGAUUUAUGGUUUUUAUUUGAAAAUCAGAGUGAUGAGAAAGCUGAGAAUCAAGUAGUGUAUAUUAAGGAGAAAUUAGUGUUUAUCCUUUAGGAAAGGGUCUUGGAAACAGUGGAAUUAUGUAAAUCUCUUAUGGUUAUGCAAAUAUUUAAUGACGGUGCGAUGUGUGAUUUGUCAUUAAAUUAAGAUUUCAUUGGUCUAUUUGAAUAA